AUGCUCUCUCCUCCCACCGGUCAACUUUCUGUCGUAAAUGCGGAUACAAUGGCUUCAGAGCUUGCCAAGACACCCCUUCCGGACGCAAAUGUCAUAGACUCCUUUUGCAGCAAGCAGAACCUGAACAGAGAGACGUUUUUUCUUGCCGCAUGGGCUUAUACGCUAAGCGUGUAUAGCGCGGCCUCAACUAUCACGACGCAUGUGGUAAGAAGAAGUCAAGGCCAUGUUCGCGCAACAUUGUUUCCGGUAUCAGCAACAAUCGAGAGUCACAUGACGGUCUUGGAGGUGUUUUCAGCUUUCCAGACCACUGAUAACCACUUCAACACCGACUCGGAUCAGCUUUUCAGCGAGUCCGCGCAGGGAACCGACUUUCACAAUGGAGGCACGGCAAUAAGGAUUGCGCAGGACGAAGUAGGUGGUCAUGGAUGUGAGGUUGGGGGGGGCAUCCAAGCCAUUCUCGUCGUGGACGAUCUAGGCCACGUAACUCUCAAUUACAUUCCGAAUUCGGUUCCCGCACCCUCAGCAGAAGCGUUCCUGGAAACCUUCUUGAAAAUCGCAAGAGAAUUAGCAACCAGUCCUCACAACAAACUCCUGAGUGAACUCGACAUCCUUGGGCCGGUCAAUCGUACUACUUUGGAGAAUUGGAGUCCCUCCAAUCUUUCAGUUGUGGAACGCUGUAUCCACGAAUAUGUCGAUGAACACGCACAGAACCACCCUCAAAAGCAGGCUGUGGCUUCCUCCGAAGGCCCCAACUUUACAUACGCUCAACUAUCGGCCCUCUCAAACAAUCUGGCCGUGCAUUUGCUCGGACUGGGCAUCAAGAAGGGUCAAGUUGUGCCGAUUCUGUUCGAAAAAUCAUCCCUUGCAGUCCUGGCCAUUGUUGCGAUCAUGAAGGCAGGGAACGCCUACGUCGGUCUCAGUGCCGAGACACCACUCAGCUUUCUGCAAGAAUGCUCUUGCAUUGCAGAUGUCCCGCUAAUCAUCACGAGCCCACAACAGAAACAUCUUGCCGAAAAGAUCGGUCGACCGGUGCUGGUAUUGGAUCAAGACCUGCUCGGAACUCUGGGGAGCCCAGCGAACAUCGCGGACUUCACAUCUCCUGCUAUUCCAUCCGAUUUGGCUUAUCUGGUGUUCACUUCGGGAUCUACUGGUGUUCCCAAGGCUGUCAUGACGGAACACAGGGCCUACGUGACAGAUGCACUGGCGCAACAACAAUCUGCUCUUCUGGACGCAGCCUCCCGCGUACUUCACUUCGCCUCAUACAACUUCGACGCCACGAAUUUCGACAUUCUCAGCACUCUUAUCGCAGGCGGCACCAUCUGCGUCCCCAGUGAGUUCGACCGCAUCAACCGACUCGCAGGCGCAAUAAACGACCUUGGAGCCAACUUUCUGGGCGUCACCGCCACACUUGCACAGACUCUCGACCCAGACGAUGUCCCGCUCCUCAAAGUCGUCAUCUUGUGUGGCGAGGCCAACAGCACCGAGCUUGUCCACAAGUGGACGAGGCCUGGGGCGGGACCACGGGAUGUAAUCAACGGCUACGGGCCCUCCGAGGCGUCGUGCGCGUUCUCGUAUAACGUUUACACACGUCAGUCGCCGCGGGCGAACAAUGUCGGGCGUGCAUUGGAAGGAGCAUGCUGGGGGUGGGUUGUCAACCCUGAUAACCAUAGUCAACUGCUGCCUGUGGGUGCAAAAGGCGAACUGCUUAUCCAGGGGCCGACUUUGAGCAGGGGGUAUUUGAACGAGCCAGAAAAGACCGCCAAGGUCUUCAUUGAGAGCCCGGCCUGGUUGCCGGCGAAGACGGCGCCUCAGCUGAGGAGACUUUACAAGACAGGCGAUCUCGUGCGACAGCUUCCGGAUCAGUCUUAUGAAGUAUAUGGUCGCAUUGACACACAGGUCAAGCUGAAUGGGCAACGAAUCGAGCUUGGCGAAAUUGAGCACAAGAUCAGUCAAGUUCUCGGGGACAACUUCAUAAUCGCAGUAGAGGCCUUGAGUCUGCCCUUGCACGAGCAAGAGGAUUCCAAGGUUUUAGUUGCUUUCUAUGCCUCAAUCAUAGGCAGCCAUCAGAAAGACAUCUCCAUGCCACAUCUUAUUGAUAGAGGUGAAUCUGCGGCCAUCGACAUCCAGGGCGCCAAGACAAAGCUUGCAGGUCUCUUGAAAGCCAUUGCAAUUCCCCAAGCAUUCAUACCCCUCAGUUUCAUGCCCGUCACCAUCCAAGGAAAACUUGACCGAAGGUUUCUGCAAGCUCUCGGCAGACAUCUCGACAGGACAACUAUGGCUGCGUUUUCUGGUGCCGUACCAUCUGAGGGUGGCGAUCCCAUUAGGACCGAGUCCGAGAGAGCUGUUCAGACUCUGUUUUCACAGUCUUUGCACUUGGAUAGUGAGUCAAUCUUCCGGGACUCGGACUUUUUCGCCUUGGGCGGAGACUCCAUUAAGGCAAUCAAGAUGGUGUCGUUGGCCAGAAAGCUGGGCUUCAACUUUGUGGUUCCGGACAUACUCCAAACCCCAAAACUGUCGCACCUUGCAGAGUUGAUUGAAAAAUCCAAGGCGACAUGUGAAGUGGCUUGCGAGUAUCAACCAUUCGAUGCCAUCAUUAAUCAGACAGCUGGCAAAGAAAUCCGAGCAAAAGCAACACAAUGUGUGUCUGGAUUUGGUGAUGUCGAGGACGUCAUACAUGCCACUGAUCUCCAAGCUUCUUGCGUUGCAUUUUCGACCUACAAGGAAGAACGCCGUGGGAUCAAUUGGCUGCUUUGCGACUUCAAGGCACCCUUUGAUGAAGAGACAGUCCGCCAGAUGUGCGGACACUUGACAGAGAGGCAUGCUACACUGCGGACGUCUUUCAUGGCACAUCGACGGACUUUGUACCAAGUUGCGUCCAAAUCCUUUCAGCCCCCAAUCAGAACCCACCUACACCUCAGAAGCAUUGCCGAGACCACGGAUUCCCUCAUGGAGGAUGAUCUGCAGUGCAGAGUUGUCGAUAUGACCCAACCACAAACGGCCUUCGAGCUACUGUCUCACAACGAUGCCACUCGUAUAGAGCGACUCAUCAUCCGCAUUUCUGCAGCCCAAUAUGACGGCCACUCUGUCGCCAUUCUGGGCCGUGAGAUGAACUUCUUUAUCGACAAUUUCAAACAUGACAACAUCAAACUGCGUGAGCUCAAGGGCAGCUACGCAGCUUACCUUCAUCACGCGCGAACCAUGGAACUCGAGCAAGGGGUCGAAUACUGGCGGUCCCUUCUUGCAGGCGCCGAAAUGCCGGAGAUAACGAAGCGCAAAUACAAUUCCGGCAACACUCCCUCCAACUUGGACUUCGUCGACGGUGUUCUAGUCAGCAUGAUUGAAACUCGGCUGCUGGACUUGGCCACAACAAACAGCGGCGCAGGCAGUACUGGAUCCCUAGCCGGCAGCACCAGAGCUACCAUUGUCAAGACAGCGUGGGCGCUUACUUUGGCCGAGUUGACAGGCAUAGACGACGUCGUCUUCGCUUCGACGGGCUGGGGGCGCAACAACGCCGUUGAGUUUGCACAGGACGUGAUGGGCUCUUGCACCUCCCACAUCCCCACGCGCGCGGAGCUCAAAACCUGCGCUGGCGGCAGCAACCGGCGAUUGACGUACGGCGAGCUCGUCGAACAGCUACAGGCGCAGCACAUUGCGUCCAUGAGGUUCGAGAACAUUGGGGCUACCGCUAUUGUGGAGAAAUGCACGCCAUGGAAACGCUGGACGCGCUUUUCGUCCCUGCUGAUUUUCCAGGGGUUGGACAUCGAGACGCCGCAACGAGGUGGCCGCGAUGGUGAAAACCACCAAGAGCGCGCUGCGCCUGCGGUCAAAAUCACCGAGAUCAUGGACCCUGGUGACCGCGCGGAUGUCAUACUGCAUGUGGAGCCUUUCGGCGACCAAACACGAGUGAUGAUGGCAUUUGCAAAGAGGAAUUUGCCUGAAAAUGUCGCAGGCGUGAUGUUGCAGACUUUCAAGCGGCACCUGGAGCUGACUACAAACUGCAUAAAUCAUCCUAUUGACAUUGGGGAUCGCAGCUCCCGUCCACUACUUCCAGUCGUCUGCAAGGGAGCGGACGUGGAGGAAAGGGAAGAAGAGAAUGUAGGUGAUAGAUUGAGGGAAUUGGCAGAAGCUAUUGUGAAGGAGGCGUGGAUCGAUGUUCUGGACAUCAGUGCCUCUGAGGUUGACAUGCUCAGGAUCGAUAAGAAGUCAUUCUUCGAAGUUUGGGGCAGUCCUGUGGCUGCAGCCACCCUUGCUUACGAGUAUAGAAGGAAAGGUCUUUCAGUCUCAACUGAAAACGUGUUGCGGAGUCAGACUGUCCAGGAGCAGGUUCGAAUGAUAUCGUUAGUAGUGUUAUAG